AUGGCGUGAACGCUUCUUUCUUCCCGGUGCUGCAAAAGAAAUAUCUCUGGAGAGAGAGGAGAGAGAGAGAAAGGGGGGAAAGCGAUCUGCAUCGGAUCACAUGGAGAAGGCGAUCGAUCGGCAGCGGGUCCUCCUUCGACACCUCCGACCCUCCCCUUCUUCGUCCCCGAAUGGUUCGCAUUUGAUCUCGGCUUCUGUUUGUGCCGCUGGGGACAGUGCGGCUUAUCAGAGGAAUUCCUGCUUCGGCGAUGACGUCGUGGUUGUCGCUGCUUAUCGAACUGCAAUUUGCAAGUCCAAGAGAGGGGGUUUCAAGGAUACAUAUCCUGAGGAGCUGCUUACUGUUGUGCUGAAGGCAUUGUUGGAUAAGACGAACCUAAACCCAAAUGAAGUGGGUGAUAUUGUGGUCGGUACUGUGUUGGCACCAGGCGCCCAAAGAGCAACUGAAUGCAGGAUGGCAGCAUUCUAUGCUGGUUUUCCUGAAACUGUUCCAGUCAGAACUGUCAACAGGCAGUGCUCGUCAGGCCUUCAGGCAGUUGCUGAUGUUGCUGCUGCUAUUAAAUCUGGAUUCUAUGAUAUCGGAAUCGGUGCUGGGUUAGAAUCUAUGACCACAAAUUCAAUGUCGUGGGACGGUUCAAUAAAUCCAAAAGUAAAUGCAUUUCAGCAAGCCCAAAAUUGUCUACUUCCCAUGGGAAUUACCUCUGAGAAUGUUGCACAUCGCUAUGGUGUGACUAGACAAGAGCAAGACCAGGCUGCUGUUAAUUCUCAUAGGAAGGCAGCUGCAGCAACUGCUGCCGGUAAAUUUAAAGAAGAAAUCAUACCAGUUACCACAAAGAUUGUGGACCCAAAAACUGGUGAGGAAAAGCAGGUGACCAUAUCCGUGGAUGAUGGAAUCCGGCCAGAAACUUCCAUCUCUAGUUUGGCAAAGCUAAAACCAGUAUUUAAGAAGGAUGGAAGUACAACUGCUGGCAAUUCUAGUCAGGUAAGUGAUGGUGCUGGAGCAGUCCUCUUGAUGAGGAGAGACGUAGCAAUGCAAAAUGGAUUUCCUAUCCUUGGUGUAUUCAGGAGUUUUGCUGCGGUUGGCGUGGACCCUGCUGUCAUGGGUGUCGGUCCGGCUGUAGCAAUUCCAGCUGCAGUAAAAUCUGCUGGUCUUCAGAUUGAAGACAUCGAUCUGUUUGAAAUUAAUGAGGCUUUUGCCUCUCAAUUUGUAUAUUGUUGCAAGAAGCUGGAGCUGGAUGCGACAAAAGUAAAUGUUAAUGGUGGCGCUAUCGCUCUUGGUCACCCCUUGGGUGCAACAGGUGCUCGCAGUGUGAGCACUCUCCUAAAUGAAAUGAAACGAAGGGGCAAAGAUUGCCGAUUAGGGGUCAUCUCGAUGUGCAUAGGCACAGGGAUGGGUGCUGCCGCCGUCUUCGAAAGAGGGGACGCAACCGAUGGACUCACCAAUGCACGGAGAAUGCAGUCUCACAACCUGUUAUCGAAGGAUGCCAUGUAAGUAUCGUAAACUGUUGGUUCUCGUGAGCCAUGAGCACUGGUCAUAUGGGACCAAAUUAUAUAUGCCCCGACGAUAAGCUACGUAGCUUAAAUGCAGUAUCCGAUUUGAUUUCGAAACGACUAUGCCUCUGUUAGAUGGUUCGGUUCUUUAUUGUAAUUCUCAAUCUCCUGGUUUCUGGUGUUUGCUACAUUUUGAAUCCAACUGCUGCUCUCACCAAACAAUGUGUUGUUUCUUUCAUCAAAUAAUAAUAGUGGCUGAGUAAGUGUUGA